UCGUUGGGUGUUCUAUUAUAAAAUUGGCCAUGAUUCCUGAUUGUUCCUAAAAUCAAACGAAAUUCUCCCAUUUUGCUUCUCGCUGUGCUCCAUUUCCAUUCCAUGGCUACCACUGCAUCAUCCCCUUUCAAGAAAAUUCAGAUUCAAAGGGAUGACACUACAUUUGACGCAUAUGUUGUUGGAAAAGAGGAUGCUCCUGGAAUUGUUGUGAUUCAGGAGUGGUGGGGUGUGGAUUUUGAAAUUAAGAACCAUGCUGUGAAGAUUUCUCAGCUUGGUACUGGGUUUAAGGCUCUUAUUCCAGAUCUGUAUAGAGGAAAGGUUGGUCUGGAUACUGCUGAAGCUCAGCAUUUGAUGGAUGGUCUUGAUUGGCCAGGCGCUGUGAAGGAUAUCGCUGCUUCAGUUAACUGGCUUAAAGCAAAUGGUUCGAAGAAGGUUGGUGUAACUGGAUUUUGUAUGGGAGGUGCUCUAUCUAUUGCGAGUUCUAUCUUGAUUCCAGAAGUUGACGCUGUUGUUGCAUUCUAUGGAGUUCCUUCUUCCGAGCUUGCAGACCCUUCCCAAGCAAAGGCUCCUGUUCAGGCUCACUUUGGAGAGCUGGACAAUUUUGUUGGCUUUUCAGAUGUUACCGCAGGCAAGGCCUUGGAGGAGAAGUUGAAGGCAUCCGGAGUUCCACAUGAGGUACAUUUCUAUCCUGGCAAUGCACAUGCAUUCAUGAACAGGUCUCCAGAAGGAAUCCAGAGGAGGAAGGACAUGGGAAUGCCUGAUGAAGAUGAAGCUGCAGUUCAGCUUGCUUGGUCUCGCUUCGAGACAUGGAUGACUCGUUACUUGUAUAGUUAGAUAACUUCCUACCUCAAUGCUUAUGCCACAUGCUGCAUGUUUUUAAGUGGUUAUGUAGUACCAAUUUUAAUGCCCCUACGGACUGGAAGCUCUGCUGUUUGUUACACUUUGAUUUGUUUCCUCAAGUAUGGAUGCGUUAUUGAGAAAUUUGACGUGGGAAUAAUUUUGAAACAGUUGUGGCUUUUCUUUAAUUACAUUAGGCAUUUAGGCUA